GUCAAUACAAAAUGCAUGUAACGUUUGCAACUUUCGCUUUGUACAUGUCCAUUUCAUUCGCACAAUGGAAUGGGAUGGUUAUUGAAAGACGCCACCUGGCGAUCGGUCGCACACUGGAAGCGCGCCAGGAUUUCAACUGUACGAUGGAAAGCACUUGCUCCGAAUGCUACGGUCCUGGAAACGUGCUUUGCAGUGAUGCCGGCUGUUUUGACCCUUCUCAAAGCCAGCAAUGUUGUGCAGAUGGAUCCUACUGCGUGGCAGCCAACAAUAGCUGUUGCGGCAGCGUGGGAGGGGGUGUUACAGGCACCGACGGCGCUGUGGCGACAACCGCAUAUAACGCGUAUUUUAGCUCGUUGACAGCCUCGACCAACACGGCUGUGCCAUGUUUGCCAACCGACACUAAUGAAGAAUGCUGUCAAAAGGUGGGAACGUACAUCAAGUGGUGCGCUGGCGACUGGCCCAAUCAGUCGUGCUAUAAUCCGAAUUCUCAGACUUGUUGCAGUGAUGGGGUUGUUUGUUCUGGUCAGAACUGCUGCAGCUUGGUGAGUGCAGUGGCGACCACCCCCAACCCAACGCAAGCGACAGCACCUCCCAGUUCCUCUAUCUCGAGUAUUGCUGCAAGCACAAUCUUCACGCCAUCAACAACGGCCACGGCCACGGCUACGGCUGCGUCUAGUACUCACACCGGCGGAGCAAAUAGCAUGGACUCGACUUUAAAAGGCUCUAUCUGCAUAGCGAUCGCUGCUAUACUCGCUACAGUAGCACUUUAG